GUGCUAACGCUAAGCUAAGAUAGCGGCAGGCUGUGUGUCGUAGAUCCGUCGUCUGACGCCGUAUAUGCGGUGAAAUCGUCCUGGCCCGUGUAGAAGACCUCGUUACAAUAUUCUCGUAUUUGUCUGGGAUGUAUGGAUGGAUAGUUGACGGAAUAUCCUCGCUGUUUGAGCCCGUGACGGGGCAAAAGCCCACCGAGUGGCCCGGGAAAGGUAACAUUAGCGAGGACAUACCCACGGUACCUGAAGCGAAGGUACUGCCGGAGGAGAGCAGCAGCAGACCGGCUAAAAGAAACUACCAGAGUGUUGAUGUUGCAGACAGCUUUGGUCAGAGUGAACAGGUGGCAGUGAAAAGACGGAGACGGGAUGUAGUUAUAAGUUUUGUGAAGAAGACUGUGGCCGGUGUAGCGCGUCUGCUCAGGUUGCGGAAUCGACUGACGCCCAGCUGUGAGAAGCACAGACAAUAUGAAGAGACACAGCCUGUCACUCUGAUGGGAAUAGAUGAGCUCCACACCUCCUGGCAGAGCUGCACUGAGUGGAGAAUGGAUAAACCAGUGGGUGGAGUAAAUGAAAGGGCGGGUAAGAAUCCUUUUCAGAGCUCCUCACCUCCUCUAAUGAGGAAAUACAGUGGGACGGCGCUUCCUGACAGGGGGAAAGACAGGGAGAGGAGAGGCUCCCUCCAGCUGAUGCCCUCCAGGCCGGCUCUGAGGGUAGGAACCCCGAACCCUGACCCAAACUGCAAUAGCUUUGGACACAACCGCUGCUACAAGCCCAGUCUUACUGUGGAAGAGGCCAUAAAACAGAACGAUAAAGAACACUACAGGCGGCUGCUGGAGAUGGUGACGGAGAAGUACAGCAAAAGCCAACCCCUCCCUUUUAACCAAACCAAACCACAAGAUGAGUCACUGUUGCAGAGUGAACACAAAGCAACUGCUUCAGGAAAAGCUUUGGAAUCGUUGCCCAGGAAGACAGGAUACACGGCUGCCCCGAGUGUGUUUACAUGGAGAAAUGCAUCAGCACCUAAAGACAGGUGGGGUGGUUUGACUUUCAGCAAGACGUUCAAUGGAGCCUUCGAAGACACACAGCAUGUGAGAUGUGCAAAGCAGAAACCGACAGCAGACUUGGACCUUUCUACAGAAGUAGCUACUCGCCUAAAUUUAGUGGACAGAGAGACUUCUGCUGUCAGCCUGCUGGACGCACACUCUGCACACCCUGCACACACCGCACACACCGCCCACGUCAGACACAGCGAUGAGGACAUACCUCGACUCACCAAGGAAAUGGCCAUGGAGGUGAGUGGCGCUCUGGCUCAGAGUGAUCCCAACCUUGUUUUAAGUGCCGCUUUCAAACUACGCAUUACACAGAGAGACCUGGGCACACUGCAGGAAGGCGGAUGGCUCAAUGAUGAGGUGAUGAACUUCUACCUUUCCCUGGUGAUGGAGCGGUGCUCCAGCCAAGCAACAGGAUUAAGAGUCUACUCGUUCAGCACCUUCUUCUUCCCCAAGCUGCGAGGUGGAGGAGGAGGUGGGCAGACUGGAGGACACGCUGCGGUGAAGCGCUGGACCAAGGCUGUCGAUCUCUUCCUCUAUGAUCUUAUUCUUGUUCCUCUGCAUCUGGGCGUCCACUGGGCAAUGGCUGUUAUAGAUUUUAAAUCAAAGACAGUAAAAUCGUACGACUCGAUGGGCCAGAGACAUGAUGACAUCUGUAGUCUUUUACUACUCUACCUUAAGGAGGAGCACAAAGCAAAGAAAGGCAGAGAGCUUGACAGUGCCAAAUGGACUGUUAGUAGCAUGUGGGCCACCGAGAUUCCACAGCAGAGAAAUGGCAGCGACUGUGGUGUUUUUGCCUGUAAAUACGCAGACUAUAUUGCAAAAGAAAGGCCUCUCACCUUCAAACAGUGCCACAUGCCUCUCUUCCGGAAGUUAAUGAUUUGGGAAAUCCUCAAUCAGGAGCUGCUAUAAAGAAUCACAAACAAUCUCCUGUCUGAUACGCGUCUAACAACAGAGACUUUCUCAACGGGAGCAACGUCUGUGUACAAUGACGACACAGUGAGGAAGAAGAAAAGGACGGGCCAAAGAAAUGGACUUUACUGACUGAAACAAAACAGUCUGGAGAAAUCAAACACCAGUCUUAAGAUUUGAUUAUGUCCCUGUUGCUGACAGGGACGUAUUAACAUUUUGUAAUCUCUGAAUUGUAAUUGAAUUUACAUUAUUGGGAUGUAAGAAGUGUAUGUUUUACACAAGCUUUGGCACUACUGACUGAAUGGCUUUUUGUUUUUUAUUGACUUUGGAUUGUUAGUUUGCAGUACUGCCUGAAGUGCCUUCAGCAUUUGACACUGAGUUCAGCUUUUUGUCUAAUUUGGCAAAUUAUUUAGCCACAUAUAAGUAAAAGUCAGUUCUGAGGAGCUUGUCUCAGAAUUUGCUGACCCUUUGUUUCUUUUUCUUAUUUAAAUAAUUUGGCUGCGCUGUGAUCAACAGAGUGGACAACAACUAACUGCAACACUAUUGAAACUCAAUCUAUCAAUACAGACAAUGAAAGAUAAAAUACCUCCUCUCCAGACCUCUUCCAGACAAAAUAAUGCACGGUUGAGCGCUUGUAAUAUGUUUGUCUUGCUAUUAUUUAUGACUUGACUGAAUGAGAAAGUGUUUUGGGAGUGCGUGUAGUGUAUAGUGUUUGCCUCCAUGAGUGGAGUACUAAUAGUUGUUUCCCCGAUAUGUUACAUAAGUUGCUGUUAGGUCUGUGAAUCUUCUUCAUGAACGUACUGAGGCUAUUUAGGGCUAUUACACUUACUUACAGUAUAGCAUACUGCAUAGAAAACUACUGUACACACAUGCAUGUUUGAGUUCAUGCUUUAAAAUGUGAUUUUUUUUUUUUCCUGUAAUAAAGUAUUCCUUUUCUAAAUUUGAAUUUUAUACACAUGAAUGACUCGUGCAGAGCUGCUAGAGGGGUUUGUCUAGAGCUGGAUGAUUAGAUUAUUUUUACCUGCAAAAAUGCUCAAUGCAACUUUUUU